UCUCUCUCUCAUCUCAUACAGUUGGGUUCACACACUCCUCUCCAUCUGACCACCCAAGCCAAAACCAAAGCAGGCGAAGCGAAAAAGGAACAGAAGAGGCAGAGAGGGAGAGGGAGAGGAAGGAAGCCAAGCAUGGCUCAGCUCCCGGACCUAGCGGCGGCGGCGCGGCCGCCGGCGACCUGCGCCACUCGGAGGAGGGUCGUGGUGGCGGCGGCAACGGGGGGCCGUGUGAAGCAGGGGGAGGUGGGGAAGAGGCGUGUCAUCAGGGUUGCGGACCCCGUGCGAGAGGGGAGGCUGCCGCUGCCCUUGCCGCUCCCGCCGCUAUUCGCCGCGCCGGUGACGCCGUCGCCGGCGGCGGUCACGAGGCGGGAGGAGGACGAGGAGGAGAGGCGGAAGUACUACCUCAACAUGGGCUACGCGAUCCGGACGCUCAGGGAGGAGCUCCCCGAUGUGUUGUACAAGGAGCCCAGCUUCGACAUCUUCAGAGAUGACAUUGUCUUCAAAGAUCCUUUGAAUACAUUCAAGGGCCUUGAAAAUUACAAAAGGAUAUUCUGGGCAUUACGUUUUACUGGCCGGAUCUUUUUCAAAGCACUGUGGGUUGAUAUAGUUAGUAUAUGGCAGCCUGCAGAUAAUCUUAUCAUGAUUCGCUGGAUUGCCCACGGCAUUCCUCGAGUCCCAUGGGAGGGCCAUGGCCGCUUUGAUGGCGCUUCUGAGUAUAAACUAGACAAGAAUGGGAAGAUCUUUGAGCAUAAGGUGCAUAACAUCGCUAUGAAUCCACGAACAAAAUUCAAGAUCCUACCGAUUCAGGAGCUCAUUAGAUCACUUGGUUGUCCUUCCACUGCAAAACCAACUUAUUUCGAGGUUUCAUCUCAACACUUGAGCGUGGAUCCAUCUUAUUUGCGAUUGGCAUGGAUAAGAUGCUACAUUUCAUUGUGCCGGAUGCUUUUGCUAGCAAAUCUUGCAGAAGGAUAGCUUGGAUUUAGCAUGAUAACUUCAAAUUUUGUCUUUUCAUUCUAUGAUAGCGCAAAAUUACUUUGUACUACUGAGUCAUUACAGCUGUAUAUAUGUACAGUGAUAAUUUAUAGAAUAAGAAUUCCGCUUA